AUGGCUUAUGAGCUGAAGGCGAGGGGCAACGAACGGUACAAGGAGGGAGACUAUGAGGGCGCGGAGGAAUUAUACUCACAGGCUAUCCAGAAAAAUUCCAAUGAUCCGGCCUUCUUUAACAACCGCGCCCUCGUCCGAAUAAAGCUUGGAUUAUGGGAAGGAGCAGAGCAUGACUCGCGAAUCGCCGUAGAUCUCUACGGCCCCAAGAACCAAGCAGCCGUCAAGUCUAACUAUUAUCUCUCACAAGCACUGCUGGGACUACAGCGACCUGCAGAGGCUCUCGAAAUCGCCCUUGCCGCAUACAAGAGUAGUUUAGAGACAAAGAACCCCAACUCAGAACCUCUGUCGAGAAUCAUACUUCGCGCAAAGCAGAGCAUUUGGGCAGCGAAAGAAACGGCGCGCCUAAGAGAACGUAACGAGACUUUGAAGCAGGUAGAGACGCUGAUGGAGGCGGAGUUGAAAGCUGAGAUUGCCACUUUGCAUGAAGCUUUUCAGAAAGGAGAGAUGGGCAAAGUGGGAUUCGAGGAAGACAAGAAGUUGUUGGAGGAAGAGUAUGCUAAAAAGCUGAACAAUGUGCGAGAAGCAUUUGCCUCGGUGGACCCUGAGCUUCAGGAAAGACAUAUGCCUGAGCACCUGAUCGACAACAUCACCUUCGAAGUCAUGCAUGAUCCUGUGGUCACCCCGUCCGGCCACUCGUUUGAGAGAACCAGUAUCUUGAAACAUAUGCAGCAGUCUGAAGUCGACCCCAUUACUCGCGUACCGAUGACCGCUAGUGACCUCCGACCAAACUAUGCUCUCAAAGCAGCGUGUGAAGACUUUCUAGAGAAGAACGGAUGGGCCGUCGACUGGUAA